CAUUACGCGUUGGAUUAAAACAUUUUGAAGACUAAAGCAAUCCUUUCAUCUGGAAAAAUGGCGACGGCAAGACCCACGUUGAGUUCAGCGGUACAAUAUGUCCAGAUCGACGGUCUGGUGGUGCUGAAGGUGAUCAAACACUGUCAGGAAGAGGGUGCUGGUGGUACUGACUUGGUACAGGGUGUCUUACUGGGAUUGGUAGUGGAGAAUCGACUCGAGAUCACCAACUGCUUCCCUUUUCCCAGACAUAAUGAGGAUGAGGACUUUGAUGAAGUUCAGUACCAGAUGGAGAUGAUGAGGAAUCUUCGCCAUGUCAACAUUGACCAUCUCCACGUCGGCUGGUAUCAAAGUACAUACUUCGGUUCCUUUAUCAACAGACUGUUUCUCGACUCGCAGUUCAACUACCAACACUCAAUAGAGGAGUCUGUUGUCCUCAUCUAUGAUCCAUUGAGAACCACAAAGGGCUAUCUGUCACUCAAAGCAUACCGACUAACUAAAGACAUGAUGGACUUCUAUAGGGAGGGCGACUUCACUCCAGACAGCCUCAAGGAAGCAGGCAUCAGCUUUAAAAAUAUGCUGGAAGAAAUCCCAGUGAUCAUAAGGAAUUCCCACCUGUGUAACAGUCUUCUGUGUGAGGUUGAUCAGAGCUUGAAUUCCAGCCAGAAGUUCAACUUUCUUGACCUUGCAACGAGCUCCAUGCUUGAGAAGAAUCUCCGACAGUUGAUGGAAUGUGUGGAUGACGUGGCUAUGGAUGCUAACCGCUACCUCAAUUUCCAGAGACAGGCUGCGAAACAGAAGCUACAGAAGUCCCAGUACGUUCAGAAAAGGGCACAGGAGAAUUCACAGCGAGCACAGCAUGGUGAGCCCCCUCUUCCAGACGAGGACAUCAACAAACUGUUCAAACCCCUCCAGCCCAUGGAACGCCUUAACAGCCUUCUAUUGGCUGGCCAGAUAGACAACUAUUGUGCACAAGUUGGGGACUUUGCAUCACAGAGCUUAGGAAAACUGUUCUUGUCAGAGAGCUUGAAAAAUAAACCUGCAGAUAAUUAGACAUUAUAAUUGAUAAUUAACGCGA